AUGGCCACGGUAGAAGAAGAUGAAGGAGCGGUCGUUAUGACGAGACCAAAGAAAAAAUUAAGUCCUGAUCAAGCGUUGGAAAAAUUUGCGCUUGCUACUGUUGCUAAAAAAAUCGAUGGUUUGCGAGCAGAAUUUGCAACAUUGAAAACAUUUGUGCCAAAAAUAACCUCACGAGCAGCAUUUGAUCGAAAUAUGAAUUGUAAUCGAUAUAAUAAUAUCGUUUGCUACGAUCAUACAAGAGUUGUAUUAAAAUUCAAUGUGCCACCGGAUAAUGAUUACAUUCAUGCUAAUUAUGUUCGAACAUCACUCUGCAAUCUUCCCAACAAUUUUAUUUGUACACAGGGUCCAAUGGAUUCAACAGUGAAUGAUUUUUGGCGAUUAGUAUGGCAAGAAAAGCCAAAAACAAUCGUUAUGUUAUGUAAAGUGAUGGAAAGCGGUAAACAAAAAUGCUCACAAUAUUUUCCACUAAAUCAAGGUGAAACGAAGAAAUACGGAAUGAUCACUGUUAAGAACGUUCGAAAAACUUCAUCACCUUCCGAAAAAGUUUUUGAAUCGAUUGAAAUGAAUGUCAGCAUAACGGGAAAUACAGCAGUUGUAUUAACGCUUUUCAAAUGGUUAGAUUGGCCAGAUUUUGGUGUGCCAACAUCUGGAAUGGGAAUGCUACGAAUCCUACGUCAAAUUCGUGAUCAACCUCACAGUACAGCAAUUAUUCACUGUUCGGCAGGUGUUGGUAGAACGGGAACAAUCGUUGCAUGUGAGAUUUGCUUGAAAAUCCUUCUUGAAGGAAAAGAUCUUAAUGUAUUGGAAGUAAUAAAAGAAAUGCGAGGACAACGAGCUGGUGCUGUACAAACGGAAGGUCAAUAUGUAUAUCUUCAUAGAACACUAUGCGAGUAUAUAAAUGCUAAAAAAAUUGCUAAAGAUAAAAUCGCAGAAUUCUUUACAGCUUACUUGGCUUAUGCAAGUAGUUGUAAGGGAGAAUAA